UUUAACGACCCGUGAAAGCUGCGUAUAUAAAUAACUCGAUCCCCAGUUCUUUCCUUAAUCUCACGGGCGAAGCUUCAGGUUCACUCCACCGGAACGUUCUCCAAUUUGUUCACUGAGCCUUCCAAGCGGAAUAUUUUGGAAUCAUCUCCACUCAACCAGCGUCAUGUCCAGCUCAAAGGUCAAAAUCUUCUAUCUCGACUAUAUGGGCCGUGCCGAAAUGAUUAGACUAUUGUUUGCUGCAGCAGGGAAGCCUUUUGAGGACAUCAGGAUUGCUGAUCAGGAUUGGCCGAAGUGGAAGCCAAAGGCCCCCUUUGGAACAGUGCCUUUUGUGGAGGUAGAUGGGGAAGUCUAUUCACAGUCAAUAGCUAUUGCUAACUAUUUUGCCAAGGAGUUUGGGUUUUUUGGGAAGAACAACAAAGAAGCUCUUCUUGUCGAACAGAUGGUGAACCUCAUCCAGGACUUCAUACAAGUAUCGGUUGUGAUUGAAGAACAGCAGGACCAAAAGAAAAAGGUUGGUGCUUAUCUCAAAUCAAUCACUCAAUCGACUCUGUUGCCUUUUUUUUUCUACAGUAGAUGUAGGCAACAAAUUUCAAGCUUUGGAAAACAUUACUAA